CCACUCUUUACUCAUUUAGCCCUUAAGCCAACCUUCUCCUUUUCCAUCACCGUCCCAGCCUGAAAGACUUCAGAAGAAUAACAUCCGAGACCCCUUUUCAUAAUCCGACUUCCGAACUUCUAGGUUCAACCUCCAGUCGAAGGGUCGACACACAAGCAAACUUCUUCUUAAACAAAGGAAAAAUGGACGGACUCAAUGACUUCAGAACGGAACGGGUUUCCCAGGUCCUCGCCGAAUUCCACAGUCUUCAGCAUUGCAUCGCCGACGUCCCAGCAGAUCCGAUCAACGCCGAAGAGUAUUACACUGAAGGAUGGGCAGCUUUACGUCAAUGCGCCAUAGAUGGUCAACACAUCCUCAACUGUGCAGCGGACGUGACAGUACCUCAAGCCCAAGGUGGUGAAUUAGAGCAAGCAAAGGCGGAGUUGAAGCAGAUCCUCUUAGAUGCCUACUCUCGGAGACACGUAGCACGGAAAAUAUACCAUCGCCAGGCAGCGGCAACAAGAUGGGUCGAAUACCGGGAGAACGUUCUACAAGGCCAGCGGCCAAACCGUGCAAACCACCGGCAGUUAAGGGCUUGUGAUGAUCAGCUUCGAAGAGAACUUUCACAAAUUACAGAUGAUGGCGUUUACCAAGAGCUCCGAAGUUCCGACAUCGCUAUGGGUUACUGGACGGCCGAAGACCCAAGUCUAAGGUCGGUACGUCGCUGGGUCCAAGCACGUCCGCAGACAACCUAAUCGUAGCAUCGACAGGGAGUACGCAACAUGUAUAACGUACGAUCCCCUCUAAAAAAAAAAUAGCGGUAUACCAUUACGAACUCGCCACGGAAUUAGACAAAACGCACGAUAGAUAACACGAAAUUGAUAAAAUAGAGCUACGAGAAUUAGUGUCGGCUGGACGAUCUAAACAGAUAGCAGUGGAACAUGAUGGCAGCAUUCACGAUCACUAAGCACACUAAGGGA